UAAAUUUAAGAUAAAACGAAAUAGAAAAAAGGAAAUUCCAAGCAACAAAAAGGUUGUAUGAUGUAAGGAGAUUGUAUAUGUCGCUAAGGAUUAGUUUUUGAUCCAUUAGCCAUUAAUGAAAUUCGGUCCUAUUUCGUUUUGCAGCCGUAGCUAUUGUGAUGGAUUUAAGAGACGAUUCCAUUGGACCAACCUAAAAGUUCGAGACGACAAGGAACUACAGCUGCACUUCAGCAAUUGGAUGUACAUGUGGAGAUAAUCUGCUAUUGUCAGAAACAGAGAUCUCUUCGGCCAAUUUGCUCUGUUUUCUGUAGCAAGAGUUUCUUUCACAAUUCACAGGUAUUCCUCUAUUCUUUCCCUCUCAUUUUUAAUGAAAUAAGACAAGAUCAUACUCUGGGAAGUUUUGGGUGGAAGAACAUUUAAAAUUAAAGACCUCAAAUCUGGUAGUAUUAGGAGCAAGUUGCAGCCUAUGGAGAUUGGUUUGUUUCUGUAUUUGGAGAUUGGAUCCAUUCCCUGAACUUGAAAAUUUGAGGAAAAGUCCAAAAGUGGACAGCAAGGACUAUGGUUGAGAAUGCAUUUGGGACCAUAUUGAGAUCAGUUUUUUGACAAAGAAGGACAAAGGAUAGGGCCCAUUCAUAGCAUCAAGGAUAAGACUUGUGGGUUACACUACAAUAUCUAAAUUGUCACCAACAGGGAAACCCUUAGAAACCAAGACAAAUGAAAGGCACCAGACAUAUGUUUCAUUUCAUCUAAAAUUUUACAAGAAACGAAAUCAUAAUCUUAUGAGGACCAGUAAAAGAAACAGUUAACUAAUUCAUUUCUCACCAUACGUGAUAUGAUGAGGUCCAGUCCACAACUAUAGUGGAAAUUUAUCCCAUUUCUAAAUAUAUUUUUUUCAUUUCAUCUAAAAUGACCCAUAAAAGAAAAAAAAUCAUUUGAUUUUAGUGACCAUUUGAUUUUUGAUUUUUGGAGAUUUAAUUAAUGAAUCACACUUCAUCACCCUAUAAUUUUUUUUGUUUUAUAAUCAUAGUCAAAAUUUGAAUCUUAAAGUUUUGUUGGGUAGUCAUCUGUUUUUUGUUUUUCUUUUUAAAAAUUUACCGGACACUUCUUCGGUUGUUGUCUACUUUUCUAUAUCAUUUGAUAAAAAGAAAAUAGCUUUUAAAAAUUGUUAGUAGAAUUUGGGUAAGAAUUUAACUUUUAUUCAAGAAAGAUACAAAUCAUAGUUGAAAAAAAUAUAGAUGAAAUAGAUUUAAUUCAUCUAAUUGUCUAGUUUUGAAUUUUUUUUUUAAUUGGCUGCUAACGAAAGAUGCCAAGUUACAUGUUAUUGUACGAAAAAGAAUAAUUUGAAAAAACAAAGAACUACAGAAACAAAAUGGUUAUAGGGAUUUAAGUAAGAAAAGAAAAAAAAAUUGCUAUCAUGUGUACUUGUGAAGGUUUUUAAUUAUUUUUUUCUUAAGAAGCAGAGGCUACUGUCGAUUAUAUUGGGUCAAAAGUCAUUCGAGAAAAUAGAAAAAAAAAAGGGAAAAAAUGGACGAUGUCAUAAAUAACAAAAUACAAAAUUCGUCAAAGUCUUCCUACUCCAUUUUAAAAUUGUGUUGUAUAUUGUAAAAGUUUUUUUUUUCUUUUUAAAAAUUUUUAAAAAAGAAACAAGGAAUUUAUUUUUCUUAGAGAAAAAGAUAAAAGUAGUAUGACAUAUAUGUGGUCCAUGUAUUCAUACCUUUUUAUAAUUAGAAUGAAAUAAAUUAGAAAAAAGAAAAAGUAAAAGAGGAGGCCAUGUGCUCACAUACAAAUAUAUAAAGUAAGUACUCGAGUUUGAUUCCAUAAUUAUUUAGGUCCUAUUUGAUUUUUCUUUUUCUCAUUUCCUUCUUUUUAGUAAAAAGUUGAACUUUUAGCUCAGUUUUUAAAAAGGAAACCAUUUAUUUUUUUGCUAUUUUCUUCACCAUAGAAUUUUUGUACAGAAUAUUGUAAAUUUAAUAGUUGUUUCGUUGAAUUCUUUUACCAAAAUACAUUGGCUUUCUUUAUUUUUAUCUAUUAAAAAUGUAAUUGAUUGAUAGACAUUCAAAAUGAUUUAGGAAAUAAAAAACGAAAAGGAAAUGAGUGCUUAUCCUUAAAUGUAUUUUUUAAAUUAUAAAAAGAUUUUUUUUCCUUUUUUAUUUUAGGAAAUGGCUUCGUUUGUCGUAUGCAUUUUUUUUAGUUUGUCAGUUACUAAUUUCACUAAUCUGAUUAUACAACGAAUCCCUAAAUUAAAAAUAGCAAAAGAGAACAUUAUUCCCAUCUUUAUUUGUUAGAAUAAGAUGAUUUGCUUUAUUUUAUGUUAUCUUUGAAAUAUCUUUUUUCUUAGCUGUUUUUAUCUUUUGUAUGUUUUUCUAUUUGAUAAAAAAUUCAAGAUAAUUUAAAUCAAGAUCAUGUUAAUCCAAUUCUCAUCUCUAAUAUAUCUUUUUAAAUGAACUAAUUAUUUUAAAUCCUUAUUUUUUAAUUAUUUAAUAUAAUGUUGGUGGGUGUGGUUCUAAUUAUAUUAUUUUCGUUAACAGUUGCAUCAUCACAUAUUAUAUUGUUUAAUUUGCUUCUUCCGCCAUUUUUUCGACCCAUAAUAGUUGUAGUUGAUGAAAGUUUUCCUUUGUCUUUAAUUUCGGAUUAUAAGAACCACAAAAGCGUGAGUCAUCAAUUUCAAUAACUAGUUUUAGAUUACUAGAAGGAUAACACUUAGGUUCAUCUUCUAUAUCAUCUAUAUUUGUGUAUCUCCUCUCAUAACUCACAAGAAAAAAUAUUUUAGAAAAAAAGACAAAAUAUAUCACAUCGAACAUUUUGAUGAUAUGCACUUAAGAGAGGCAUAAGCGCAAAAGAAUGCUGUUUCUUUCCCAUCAAAGAGUAAAUUGCAAGACGCCAGCUAUAAAUUGUCCUGUUUUGCCUGGUCAUUUUAUUCUUCAGUAAAAACUUAUGAGCUUCCACUGUGUAUAUAUGUUCUUACACGUUUUCUCUUGAGAAAACAAAACUUGGACUAGUAUAGUUUUUGAAAGCCAAAAGUAGCAUUCUUUCGGGCCACUAUGAGCUUAAAGCUUUUAAAGAUUUGAGUCAUCUGACUAAAUGGGUGGACCGUAAUGAUAGAAGUUAGAUGAAAUGACAUAUCAUCUUAAGGGGUUGGAAUUAUUCCUGUCAUGUUUCGUGCAGAAUAGAAAUGGCAUCCACCAUCUACAUAGAUUUGGUGAUGAGGUGAAAUUAUGUUAGUGGCAUCACAUCACCUAAUCCAAAUAUCUUUCAUCACUUUAAACUCUGAAGGGACACUAUUUUAUUCUGGACCAAAAAUUAACCAGGAGUUCAUGCUCAUGUAUCAUCGUUUACUUCGCUAAAUUUAGACUGGUUUGUGGCCUUUUAAAUUUUCACCAAUUGUUAGCAAGGUUGGAUUCAUUUAAGGUCCUAAGGGGUACACACUCACACAUAUAUAUACUUCAGGCUCCCUCAGCUAAUUGCCAUAAUAUAAACAUUGUUGGUUAGUCCAAUGGUAAUCUAUCUUUCAAUUCUCUCUAGAUUUAGGUUCAAGUUUCACUCUUUACAAUAUUUUUUACUUUUAUAUAAAACCCAUCAACAAAACUUUUGGAUAUGCUACUGUCCAAAUCAACCGAAUCAUCUAAUUUAAUAUGCUGCUUGAAUCCAGUCAAAGAUUAUCGUUAUCCUCUAGACAAUUUAGAGUAUAGGUGAACUAUGGAAAGCACAUCCAACCAUCAAUUACCUUAUAGCAGCUAAUCAAGAUAGUUUCCUUGAAUAUGAUAUUGAAAAUAUAUGUAUUGGGAGAAAAAUACUUGGAUUCACCUUGGGUUACACUCUAUCUAGCUGUUUCACUGUAGUCUGUUAGGUGAAAAACUAAUCUUUUUUGCUUUUUCUUAAAUAAUUAUUGGAAUUUUUUCUGUUGAUAGUUGGGGUGAACUACGAACAACACUUCCUAAAAAUGAGAGGAAAAUGAUGUGGCUGUCAUGGAUUGGAAAAUUAGAUUUGGAUUAACUAAACAAGAUAAGCUUUAGCAAAAAAAGAAAAAAAAGACUUUCUGACGUAUUAUAGCUUUCAUCUCUGAGGUGAUCUAAAAUUCUAUUAUUAAGAUUAGCUCUCUUCUAAGUCUAGAAAUUAUACUUUUACCGAGGUUAUUAUUCAAAUAAUUAAUUUUGUUUAUUAGAUAAGGAUAUGCAAAAUAUCAGUUUUAUGAGCUAUUUAGAAACGUGAUCAUCCCAUUCAAGAUCAAAAUUCCUACACAUAAUAAACAGUUGCCCGUUUGUUUGUUUGAGUUCCUACAAGGGAAAAGAGUUGCCAUCUUGUUGAGUAAGUUUAUCGUUGGUUCUGUGAGAAUUUAGGUACCCGUUAAUCGUUAUGACCAUCUACACAAGAUUGAUUUUCAGAUGGAAUAGUUGUGCGUACAAAUGCUACAUUCCAGUACCAAGUAUUGCUUAGAUAAUUAAGAAUUUCAUCACUCAAUCAGAUAUCAUUUUUUAUUCAAGUCAAUCUCGUAUGUCUUGAUUGAACAAACUUAGCUGAAGAUUUUCUAACAGUUCUAUCUCCAAGGGUCAUCAUAGGAUAAAUUAUGAUUAUGUGUGCAAUAUAUUGUUUGUGGAUGAGAUAAUUAGAUGGACACUUGGAUUAACAAUUAUAUGCCUUCGGCCCUUUUCCGAUUGUACUAUUAUCUGAUGCCUAAGUCUGUUUAUUGGACUUGAGGCCCAUCGAUGAUUAAUAUAGCGUCUUGUCGAGUACCAAUUCUCAUGCCAUAUUUGGAAAACUUGUCAAGAUGGAUUCAAUGCCAUCAUGACCAACGCAGUGUUUACAGGCAAUAUUAUUUUCUUUGACCUUAUAUGAUGUUUGUAAACAUUAUAUUGAGUACUGAAUGUUACCUUUUUGGAUGAGAAACAUCGGACGUUUGUUUUCGGUUCAUCUGUGUCUUUUGUGUUUCAUAAAGAAUUAUAUAGUUGCAGGCUCGUGAGUCGUGGCUCCUAACAAGUUAGUUAAUCGCUACUUGGACACGAAAGCCUAAUUGAUCAACAAGAAUGAUAUUUAGGCUACACAAGGUAACCACUCCAUUUUUUCAUUUUUAAUUUCAAAGAACUAGACUUACCUCUAAAUUUAUUGUUUUUUUUAUUUGCUUGUCAGACCAAAUCAUGUUUUGAAAACUAUAUAUACAUUUAAAUUUCUUUUUUUAAAAAGAAAAAAUAGUUCUCUUACUAAGAAAGAUGCAAACAAUUGUAAGAAAAUUAAGGGAAAAUAUGUAUAAUGUCUGAAAUUUCAAAACCAAAAAUCAAACCAUUAUCAAAUGGUACUUUAGUAAUAAUUAUCACCAUAUGUUCAUAUAAUGUGAUGAGACUGACUGUUUUUAACUCUCUUUAUGUUAAUUAUUUGAUUUGGUUGCUAGAUUCUAUUUUUCACUUAAAAGUAUUUCUCUAUCAUAUAUCUUUUACCUUCUUGAAUGUAGGUCCCAAUAAUUUCCCUAUUAUUUCACUUUUUCUCAACCCACGCUACAAGUUAUCUCAACUUAUAUUUUUGCUAACUUUGCUAUUUGUCACCUAACUUAUUUUCUCUAUGAUUUUAUGAAUCUAUCUAUUCUAAUAUAAAUAUAUAUAUAUAUAUUAUGGUAAGUUCAAAAUUAGAAAAUUAUUGUAAAUUUGAUAAACAAAAUAAUUAUUCAGUAGUUUAAAGAAAUUGAAAACGAUACCGUACCUUGUUUUUUCCGCAAAGGUUUACCCAUGUUUUGCUCUGAUAUCCUAAAAAAGAGUAACAAAUCAAUCAACUCUUCUUGUUUUGCUAUUUAAUGAAAGAAAAAUCAAUAAUAGAAAAAGAAAGGUGGAAAAUUAACUUGUCGAGGCGUGUCCAAACAAGGUGAUCAGUCCACUUUGCACUAAUUUGAAAAAAUAUUGUGCUAAAACAAAAUUGAUCAUGAGAAAUAAUUAAAUAAUUAUGCAAAUAUUUAAUUUCAAUCCCUAAAAAUGUCGCAAUGGACAUUUAAUAGAGACAUUAGAUUACGACUCAACGAAGACUUGGAAUUAUUCAAUUGUUUUUAUUUUACUAAGUCAUCAAUGAUGGCUCCCUUAAUGAAAACGUAAACCAGGACUGCUUUGCCAAUAAAAAAACGAUUACUCAGACAGCAAUCCGUAAUUUGAUUAACUAUAUAUAUUUUUUUAAAUCAUUUCAAACAAUAUGCCUUUUAUAAUCUUAACAUUCCACUUUAGUUUAAACCUGCUGCAUAAAGUUACUUCAGUUGUACAAUAGAAUAUAAGUUUUUCAUUGAUGAAAUAGCUUCUAAAUUAGACUUGAUAUAAAUUCAAACAUUUAAAAUUCUAGGGGAAAAAAGGAAUCAAUUUAACACAAAAAAAACUAUAUAAACAUAGAGGGUUAUUCACGGUUUGAUAGAAAAUUUUCAACAUAGAUUAACGGUCAGGAUCAUAAUAAAUUUACAAUACCUAAAUGUUGAAUUUUCAAAAAAUGGAGCAUAAGUAUUUGAAAAUCAAAAUCAAAAUGGCACAUAGGAUGUGAAUCAUGCGAUCACCCUCGGGCAAUUCAAUGGAAAUGAUCACUUGAGCAUAUAGUCUUUUUACAUCCUAAAUUCCUAAUGACUAUUUUAUUAAUAUCCAAAGUCAGAGGAUAAGUUCUUACAACCUUGGUUAGAAGAUCAAAUUUUCACUUCAUGUCACAAAAUUAAAAAAUAAAAUUGAUAACAAUAAUAAAGUUUUGAUUUGAUUUUCUUAUGUAUUAUUAACAUUUUAUGACUCAGUCCGGUGAUGUCAAUAUUAGUGAUACUAGUGAAUGUUGAAAGAUGCUUAAUAUAAACUAUUUAACUUAACAUCUAGUGAAGUGCAAAAUUUAGAGAAGAAAAAGCACACAGGGAAGUUAAGAUUCUUUUUCUUUUUUUUUUUGAAAGUUUUGUUUUAUUUAUUAAAUGUGUAUUAAGUUUGACAUUGAUAAAUUUUAACUCUAUAGUAACGAAUCAAAUCAAAUUAUCAAAUUUGGGUCGGAUCGGUUUCGAAGGAAAAUCAAUCCGAUCCAAUUCAAUUACAUCCCCUAGUAAAAGGUGGGAUAGUAGAGUACAUCUUAAAAUAAACAUGAUAUCUCUAUCCAGCAAUGCACAGAAACAUAUUCAAAAUAUAUCCACAAACUAAGAUGUAACAUUUUAGUAUGAUGCACAAAGACAGUGACGGAUCUAAAAAGUUUAUGGAGAGUGGGCUUCGAGUUGUAAUUUAGGAAAAAAAAUAAAAAUGUAUAAGCACAUUUACUACAUACCAAUAUUAAAUAUUAAUUAGUUUUUUUUAUACACAUUAUACAAAGACGAUAAAGUUAAAGGAGAUUCGACCUCCUAGGCUUAUACUAAAUUGGCUGGUGCACAAAGAUAGGAACAAUAUUGAAUACGCUCUAGUGUUUACCAAAUCUAAAGUAUAAAGUCAAGGAGUGGAGAUUAUUCUGAGGCCGGGGACAGAAAUACAUUCUCCAAUCUCAGCACAUGUAUAUGUAUAUAUACAUACAUAUAUGUGGAAUUUAUAUAUAUAUAUAUUUGUGUGCAUAUAUAUUUAUUUAUCUGUGUGUUUUUAUUUAUAAAAAGCAAAAGAAAAAAAAAGGAGAAUAUUCCUACGUGAGGAACCUGAUCCUGUGAAUCCUUGCCUUGUUUUUUUGUGGGAUGCGAAAUGGGAUAGAAGGGCGGGAACGGAGAGAGGAAAUUUGCGGGAAUUCUCACCUUGUCCCGUGAACCUCUCUACUUACCAACAAUCAAUUCUCCAAUAUUGAUGAAGCAAAAAAAAAUAUAUAGAUAUAGUAAAAUAUAGUCCUAAAUUUUGGGUUGACCGAUAAUAAACUAUGUCUACCUAGAAAACUCUAUCCCAAGAAGUUGAAGCAGAUUUUGCUAUAUUUUCUUUAAAAUGGGUGUUAUAUAUACUUUUUUAGUCCUGCCCAGCUACUUAUUGCAAUUCCCCUAUUUUUUAAGAAAAUCAUUGUCAACGGUCAAACUCAUUGUUCCUACAGACGAUACGUUUCCAUGUCCGAAUGGCUGACCAUGGCAGCCCCGCUUGUUUUCAUCUCUUCAUAAUAUUAUCCUAUACGCUUGCCUGUCUCUUGCGCUCUCACAGUUCAUUACAGCACUUUUUUUCUUCUUCGAAAUGGAUUCAGAAGCGGGUUCCAUUUUCGAACACUUCCCUAUUCUAUGCUAUGUUCUAUCCCAACUAGAUCCUAUUCCCGGUAAAUCCAGCCCCCAACUUCCUUUCGAAACCAAAGAAUCGGUGCUGGCCAAGUUGUCACAUCUCAACAAUCCCAAAGUAUUGGCCUCCAUCAUUCAAGUCAUUCCCAACAACCUCACCCACACUCUGUCAGCCCUCAUUUCACUCGGUCCACGCCCUGAUUCCUCCGCUGUUGCCGCCGCUUGUGACAGGAUAAUUGAAAUCCAAUCCACACUUCAAAAAAAUCUUCAGGAAAUCGAGGACGAAGCCGGUCACGGUGGGUUUGAGGCUGAGGAUCGCGUUGAGAGAGAGAAGAAGCUGAGAAGGGCGGCGGAAAAGGAAACAGAAAUAUAUAAGGCGGUGGCUCGGUUGGAGGAGAUGCACGAAGGUUAUGAGAAGCAGUUAAUUGCUGUGCAGGAUCGUGUGGUUGAGGUUUAUGAAUCGGCGGUUGCGGAGUUGGACAAGGGGACGAACUUGGACGUGAAUGAGGAAGUUAUUAGAAUUUUGAAAGAGGCUGCGAGUGGAGUGGUGGAGAAAGUCGACCUUUUUGGGCAACAAAUCAGGUUUCUUCCUGAGGAGUUUGGGAAACUUCGACGGUUGAUUGACCUUAAUCUAUCUCAUAAUCAGUUGGAGGUUCUUCCUGAUUCAAUUGCUGGGCUUCAGAAACUCCAGCGCCUAGACAUUUCUUCGAACUUAUUGGAAUCACUUCCUGAUUCUAUAGGGGUAUUGAUUAAUUUGAAGGUCGUCAUUGUAUCAGGGAACAAGCUGAAAGUGCUUCCCGAAACCAUUACUGGUUGCAGUUCGUUGGUGGAGUUGGAUGCAAGUUUCAACAAUCUCCAAGGUUUACCAAUAAACAUCGGAUAUGGAUUGGUCAAUCUUGAAAGACUAUCAAUACAGCUUAACAAAAUAUGUUACUUUCCUACAUCGAUUUGUCAACUUAGAUCUUUAAAAUAUUUUGAUGCACAUUUCAAUCAACUCCAUGCCUUACCUCCAGCCAUAGGAAGGUUAACGAGUCUCGAGGUGUUGAACCUUAGUGGUAAUUUCAACAACUUGACUGAGGUUCCUGAAUCCAUGAGUGAUCUAUGCAACCUAAAGGAGUUAGAUCUUAGUGACAACCAAAUCAAAGCUCUUCCAGAUAGAUUUGGGAGGCUAGAAAAACUAUUGAGGCUGAAUAUGGAUCAAAAUCCACUGGUGAUACCUCCAAUGGAAAUUGUUGACAAAGGAGCCCAAGCGGUGAAAGAUUUCAUGGACAUGAGAUGGGCUGAUUUAGUUGCAGAAAAACAGAAGAGCAUGCAUGAGGCAAACAUGGCUGAAAAACAAAGUGGAUGGCUAACAUGGGGAUCCUCGAUGUUGGCUAAUGUAACUUCUGGGGUUGUACAAACUAUUUCUGAUUACACAGGAGGAAGAAACGAAAAUCCUAAGGACCCAUGGUUGUAUCAACAGUUGUGAGUGGAGGAUCGUUAUGGUGUUCUUAUCAACCUGGAUUUUGUAAGAAGCUUUGUCUAUAUUUGGAUGUAUAAUAUAAUAUGCAUUACAUGAUAUAAUAAACUAUUUCUAAAUACUCAA